AUGGCUUCUGAUUCUACGCCGGCCGACUUCAACAACGGACCUUCAUCUCCCGAUGACUCCUUCUCGAGCCCAAUCGGCAACACACUCUCCUCCUCCCCGGCCGGCGCUUCCCGGCAGAGACGGCGGCGCCGAUCCACUACGCCGUCUUCGGAAUUCGCAACUCCAAGGGCCAACCGGUCCCGGUUCUCCGGCUCCGAAACAACCCCAACCCCAUCGCGCACCCGCCGCGCCAAUGGCCAAAACGGUGCCGCUCCAACCCCCUCCUCCACUGACGGUGACGUCCCGCCGUCUUCGGAAGGCGGCGACGGCUACGACAUGGACGAGGACAGGCCCACGUUCGUUUGGGGCACGAACAUCAGCGUGAACGACGUUAAGGUGGCGAUCGUUAGGUUCCUGAAGAAUUUUCGGGACGAGUCGCAGUGGAAUACGGAGAGUGAGUACCUUACGGAAGGGAAGUACAUUGAGGCCAUCAAGAGAGUUAUUGAAAUGGAAGAAGAUUCGCUCGAUGUUGAUGCACGCAAUGUGUUUGAUUAUGAUUCGGACUUGUAUGCGAAGAUGGUCAGAUACCCACUUGAGGUUCUUGCAAUUUUCGAUAUUGUUUUGAUGGAAAUGCUGCCCGUCAUAAACCCGUUGUUCGAAAAGCACAUUCAAACUCGGAUUUAUAAUCUCAAAACAUCCACUUCAAUGAGAAAUCUCAACCCAUCUGACAUUGAGAGGAUGGUUUCAUUGAAGGGAAUGAUUAUUCGGUCUAGUUCAAUAAUACCCGAGAUAAGGGAAGCAAUAUUUAGAUGCCUUGUGUGUGGCUACUACUCUGACCCUCUUCCGGUAGAGAAAGGUCGCAUAACUGAGCCUACAAUAUGCUUGAAGGAAGAGUGUCAAGCCAGGAAUUCUAUGACACUUGUUCACAACAGAUGCAGAUUUACUGAUAAACAGAUUGUGAGGCUUCAGGAGACUCCUGAUGAGAUCCCUGAAGGAGGAACACCGCAUACGGUGAGCUUGUUGAUGCAUGACAAACUGGUUGAUGCUGGAAAACCCGGUGAUAGAAUUGAGGUUACUGGGAUAUACAGGGCUAUGACCGUUAGAGUUGGACCAACUCAGAGAACUGUAAAAUCAUUGUUCAAGACAUACAUUGAUUGUCUGCAUAUAAAAAAAUCUGACAAGUCAAGAAUGCUGGCAGAGGAUCAAAAUCCGGUGGAAGUUGACAAUUCUGUGGCUGGACACUCGGAUGAAAUUGUUUUUGAUGAAAAAAAGGUGGAACAAUUGAAAGAGCUGGCAAAACAGCCUGAUAUAUAUGAUCGAUUAACCAGGUCUUUAGCACCAAACAUCUGGGAGUUAGAUGAUGUCAAAAAAGGCCUUCUUUGCCAGAUUUUUGGUGGGAAUGCUUUGAAGUUGCCAUCUGGUGCUCGCUUCCGUGGUGAUAUUAACAUUCUUCUUGUUGGUGAUCCUGGAACCAGCAAGUCCCAGCUGCUCCAGUACAUACACAAGCUAGCUCCCCGUGGAAUAUACACUAGUGGAAGAGGGAGUUCUGCUGUUGGCUUGACUGCUUAUGUUGCGAAAGAUCCUGAAACAGGGGAAACAGUUUUAGAGAGUGGAGCGUUAGUUUUAAGUGAUAGAGGCAUUUGUUGCAUUGACGAAUUUGACAAAAUGUCUGACAGUGCGAGGAGCAUGUUACAUGAGGUGAUGGAACAGCAAACUGUCUCGAUAGCAAAGGCAGGAAUCAUUGCUUCCCUUAAUGCUAGGACUUCAGUCUUGGCUUGUGCAAAUCCAAGUGGUUCACGCUAUAAUCCUCGCUUAUCAGUAAUUGACAACAUACACCUCCCUCCUACCUUAUUAUCUAGGUUCGAUCUGAUCUACUUACUCCUUGACAAGGCUGAUGAGCAUACAGACAGGCGCCUUGCAAAGCAUAUUGUUGCAUUACACUUUGAGAAUCCUGAGACAAUACAGCAGGAUGUCUUAGACCUUGCCACGUUGACUGCAUAUGUGGGAUAUGCGCGAAAGCAUAUUCAUCCACAAUUAUCUGAUGAAGCUGCUGAAGAGUUGACUAGAGGUUAUGUUGAAUUGAGGAGGAGAGGAAAUUUUCCAGGCAGUAGCAAAAAGGUGAUAACAGCAACACCUAGGCAGAUUGAGAGUUUGAUACGACUUAGUGAAGCUCUAGCUCGAAUUCGUUUCUCAGAAUGGGUUGAAAAGCAUGAUGUUGUGGAGGCAUUCCGGCUUUUGGAAGUUGCAAUGCAGCAAUCAGCAACCGAUCACUCCACCGGAACAAUCGACAUGGAUCUUAUCACUACUGGAAUUUCGGCAAGUGAAAGAAUGAGACGGGAAAGUCUGGUAUCAGCAGCUCGCAACAUAAUUAUGGAAAAGUUGCAACUUGGGGGACCCUCAAUGCGCUUGUUAGAGUUGCUGGAGGAGCUGAAGACGCAGAGCUCUGGCAAUGAAGUCCACCUCAAUGAUCUGAGGACUGCAAUCACAACACUUGCAAGUGAGGGAUUUGUGGCUUUUGUUCAUGGCGACAGUGUCAAAAGAAUAUGA